CUUUAGUUUUUUCUGCGUUUUCUUCAUUAACAGAACGUUAUCCCCAAAACCCAGUUUUUAAACCUUAAUUAACCUUUGGGACCAUUUCAUGUUUGACCUUCUCUUCCUCAAAAUUUUCAUGCUUAAUUUUUCAUUAUUGUCAUUUUCCAUCUUCUUCUAAUUUGGGGGCCCAAAAAAGGUUAAUCUCUUUUCUGGGUCCUUGCAAUUCACCUUCAUGUUGAAUUGAUUUGAACGAAUCAAUUAUAAUUUGAAGCUGCAAGGUUAAAAGAUUCAAUUAUGAAUAUUUGAAAGGAUGUCUAAUAUCUUGCAGCUCUUAUAUAUGUGCCUUUAUGUAUAAAAAAAAAAUAAGAAAUUAGAACAAAAGAUACACACAAUUUCAUUGUUGUGCCUCCUCAAAAGAACUCAAAAACCUUGAGUUCUCAAAUGGAUAACAAAGGAAGUAGCAAGAAACUAAAAGUGCAAGUUAACCUAAAGGGAGACGACGACGACAGCGACAGCGACGUGGAUUCUAUUAAGAGAUAUUCUGUCUCUUCUCUAUCGUCAGAAUCGUCAUUAGAUCCUGACGAUAGAGAAGAACGGGGAAAUAGAAAUAGUUUCGAACAUAGUUAUGAUCUACAUGUAUAUGAUUCUCCCGUAUGGAGCUACACGGGUGCUUCAACUGCACAGUCUCCAUCUCAUUACACAAUGGAAAGCGGUUAUGAUCCGAACAGAAUUCCAGCAUCUGUGUUCGGUAAAUCAAAUCCUAACGAACAAUGGAGUGUUGCAUCAAAUGAAUCUUUGUUUAGUAUCCGAUUAGGGAAUGGGAGUUUCAUAACUAGGGACAUUUCUUUUGCAAUGAACAAUAAUAAUAACAAAUCCGGGGAACUUUACAAUGUUUCCAUGCCAUUGCCAACUGUUCAGGAAGUGAGUUAUGAAGAAAACAACAACAGAAACUCCGACUCGUCGGAUUCGUCGGACAGAAGCGUGGUUCUUGAUUUGGAAAAGCAUGAGCAUAAGAAUGAUGAGGAAUCAAGAAAAGUUGAGACAAAAGUAUUGGACAAAACAACAAUGGAUCAUCAUAGUAAAGAAGCAAAUAAUGUCCCUAUUGUGUCUUACAGAUCCAUGGAGAGCGGUCGUUCGUUUCAGUUUCCGAUAUUAACAAAUAAUGGAGAAAGAAUAAGUUCUUCAACAGUAGAAUCAGAAAUGCAUGAAAAAACUGAAAAGCAACAACAGCAGCCAGAGAAAUCAUCGCCGCCGCGGCCUCCUCCUCCUCCAAAAGCUAAAAAGGCAUCAAAACAAGGUGGAAGAUAUUGCUGUUUUUGCUUCUCAUGUUUCUGACAGAUGAUAAGUCUUCAAAAUGAUGUUGAAACAGAAAAACAUUAAAUGACUCUGCCCCUGUUUAAGAGUGCCACCUUUUAACAUAUGCAAAUGCAAUGCUUGAUUUUGAUGGUAAGUGUCUUAAAACAACAGCAAUAAGAGAUUAAGAUUGAGAAAAGAUAGAAAAAAAAUGUUUGGGAGGUAGAAAAUUGAACAAAUUUUGUACUAAACAAAAGUAUUUGGUCUAUUUCUUUGUUUGUAUUAUGAAUCUAGAAACUACGAUUGAGACAAAAUUAAAAAAAAAAAAAAUUGUAUCUCCAAUGUUUCGCCUCUGAACAAGUUUUUGAAGAGGCAGAAAAUUGAACAAGUUUUGUAUCAAAACAAAAAUAUUUUGUUUGCUUCUCUUCUCAGUCUUUCUAUUAUCAGAAUCUCUGUAUUUAUGUUUUAACACACUUACCAAGAUUUCAAAAUGAUGGAGGAUGAAGAUCAAGGAAGAGAAUCUGAUUAUCCUGCCAAGCUUUACAUUUUUUUCCUCCCACUUUCCUUAGAUUUUGUUUGGUGGGAGAGAAUGUGAUCAAAGAAAUAGUAU